UACAAAAGAAAAGAUAUUUUUGUUGUUUCUAAGUUUUAACUCUGAAGGAGCCUUCUCUUCUCUUUCUCUUUCUGCAACCAAACCAAAUUAGGGUUUCUCGAUCUUAAUUCUUCACUGCUCUCAUCGUUUUAGGGUUUUAUUCCCAACACUACACAGGGCUGGUUCUGAUAAUUUUUGUUCGUUUUGAAGAGUAUUUAUCGGUAUCAACAGUUUUUUUUUUUUUUUUAAAUUUAUUUAUGUGGGGCUACUUGUAAUGGUGUUAUCACGAUUCUGGAAAGGAAGGGUUUUCCCUUGGAAUUUUGUGGACAGCUGUUGACAACAAGAAUUUGUGAUUGAAUAUGCGAACUUCAUGGGCAGAUUUGGCUGCAAAUUCUGCAGCUGAAAAUGCAGGUACUUGGUCUUCUGCUAACAAUGUGGGAACUGGUAGUACUGUAGCUCCUUCGCGGCCUGUUUAUGUUCCUCCCCAUCUGAGGAAUCGCCAGCCAUCAGCAGAAUCCCCUGCUCCAACAUAUAGUGACCCUUCUUCAGGUUCUGCUGGCUCUAGUUCUGGUGCUGGUAAUUCUGGAUCCCGUUGGCCUGUACCCAGAAAUGAUUAUCGGUCUGGGUUUGGUGGUGGUGGACGAGCAGGUGGAUGGGGAAACAAAAGUAGUGGCUGGGAUCGUGGCCGGGAGCGGGAAGUCAAUCCUUUUGGAGACGAGGAUACUGCUGAAGAAGGGGCAUCUAGUGAGCAGGAGAAUACAGGAAUAAAUUUUGAUGCCUAUGAAGAUAUUCCAGUGGAGACCAGUGGUGAAAAUGUGCCUCCACCUGUGAAUACAUUUGCAGAGAUUGACUUGGGUGAAGCACUUAAUCAGAAUAUAAGAAGGUGCAAAUACGUGAAGCCAACUCCUGUUCAGCGGCAUACCAUUCCAAUUUCCCUCGCUGGACGUGAUUUGAUGGCUUGUGCGCAGACUGGUUCUGGAAAGACAGCUGCAUUCUGUUUCCCAAUUAUCAGUGGAAUUAUGAGGGGCCAACCCGUACAGAGGCCAGCUCGUGGGGUGCGUACAGCGCAUCCGCUUGCGCUUGUUCUUUCUCCAACUAGGGAACUAUCAAUGCAAAUACAUGAAGAGGCUAGAAAGUUUUCAUACCAAACUGGGGUUAGGGUGGUUGUUGCUUAUGGUGGAGCACCAAUAAAUCAGCAGCUGCGGGAUCUUGAAAGAGGGGUGGACAUUCUUGUUGCAACUCCUGGAAGACUGGUAGAUUUGCUGGAGAGAGCUAGAGUUUCACUGCAGAUGAUUCGAUAUCUGGCCUUAGAUGAGGCAGAUCGGAUGCUGGAUAUGGGUUUUGAACCGCAAAUAAGGAAGAUUGUUCAACAAAUGGACAUGCCUCCACCUGGUGUUAGACAGACUAUGUUGUUCAGUGCCACAUUUCCGAAAGAGAUACAGAGAUUGGCUUCUGAUUUCCUUUCAAAAUAUAUUUUCCUCGCUGUUGGAAGAGUGGGUUCAAGUACUGAUUUAAUUGUCCAGAGAGUCGAGUAUGUUCAAGAGUCUGACAAGAGAAGUCACCUGAUGGAUCUUCUUCAUGCACAGAGGGCAAAUGGUGUACAAGGAAAGCAAGCCUUGACUUUAGUUUUUGUGGAGACGAAGAAGGGAGCUGAUUCCCUGGAACACUGGUUGUGUCUUAAUGGUUUUCCUGCAACUACUAUUCAUGGUGACAGGUCACAGCAGGAAAGAGAAUUAGCAUUGAGGUCAUUUAAAAGUGGCAAAACCCCCAUAUUGGUUGCCACUGAUGUUGCUGCACGUGGUCUUGACAUUCCCCAUGUUGCUCAUGUGGUCAACUUUGACCUGCCAAAUGAUAUUGAUGAUUAUGUACACCGUAUUGGUAGAACAGGUCGAGCAGGAAAGAAAGGCCUUGCUACUGCAUUCUUUAAUGAUAACAAUUCAUCACUUGCUAGAGCUUUAGCAGAUCUGAUGCAAGAAGCAAAUCAAGAAGUACCUGCUUGGCUCUCACGGUAUGCUGCUCGUUCUUCUUUUGGUGGAGGGAGGAACCGCCGUUCAGGUGGUCGAUUUGGUAGUCGCGACUUUCGAAGAGAGGGCUCUUUCAAUAGAGGUUCCUCAGAUUACUACAGUGCAGGAAACAGCAGUGGUGGAUAUGGAGGCUCUGGUGGAUAUGCUGGUGGAGGGUAUGGUCCUGGGGUCACUAGUGCAUGGGACUAACUUUCUUUUUUUCGUAGCAUUACAUACCAUCUUUGGUAUGGGUGCGGUUACACAUCUACAGGAUGAAUUUUCUCCCCUCUUGUUUUAAGGUCUUCAAUUUACUUGUGUUUUAAGCCAUCAUCAUUUUGUACUAUUUACAGUGCUAAUCAUUGUGGGGGGAUGGGGUUUGUAUAUGUGGUCUAGUUGCCACAUCAUUAAAAGUUGUGUAAUGUUGCUAGGUAUUGAUGAUUACUAACAUAUUAGGUGUUUCUUGUCGACAACAUUUUGUCCCCUUCAUGUUGGGUGGUAAUUUUGGUGGGAGACUGGUUGUAGAUUAUUCCAAGGGAGAAAUCGAGCUUUUUGUUAUAACCCGGUCAUGGUUAUCUGACUUAUCUCUCAAGCAUGCUCUCUCAAUUUCAACCCAAUUUAUGUUUGAAUUCAAUAUUUCCCUACUUUGAUGGGCAAAGGUUUUUGUAAUAUCAUACUGGUGACUGAAGUGAACUAAAAGUUACUGCAUAUGCUUUCUAUUGAGCAUACCUUGUGUGCCUGGGUGACUAGUAUGAUAACAUAUUCGUUAUGUUUGGAUCGUAUA